AUGGGCAAGGGCGAUAUGUUGCGUAUCAUCUCAAUGCCUCUUCGCCGACCGCCUCCCUCUAUAACCCCAAUUGCACUACGACCGCGACCGCAUAUCAUGACCUAUUACCAGUUUCAGCUCAAUCCGCCACGGCCGCAGGAGUCGAGCGUUGGGCGGUCUGGAUGGAUGCCGGAAGGGGGACUUUUACUUUGGGCCCAAAACAAGGCUGCCGACACUUGGGCGGGUUUCGGGAAGGCAAAGGAGGGAAGCUGGAAGCUGAAAAUUUUCCAGUACGGCGAGCGCGUCGUGGACAGGAUAGACUUUGAAGAACUAGCAUUGAAGGGCGUCGACCCGUCCAUAGGACCGACUGUAUUGCAUCCCGAUUUUUCGGGCAAAGUGGGAAAGCAAGAGUCGUCCCUAGUCAAGGUGCAGAUACCCCUACUGUAUCCCCCGUCAAUAAUCUCCGGAGAAGCUUCUCUCGCUCAUCUGUUGGAUCUUCUCGAGCACCGGGAACCACGGCAUAGAAAAGGAUUCUGGAUCUGGAUGAUUGCUGCACCGUUUACCGCACCGUUCAUGAUCAUCCCCGUCAUACCUAAUCUCCCGUUUUUCUUCUGUGUAUGGCGAUCGUGGUCGCAUUACAGAGCGUACCGGGCUUCCCAGUACCUGAAAGUUCUCCUUGGCAAUGGAACCAUAGUACCUCAGUCCAGCAAGAUUCUUGACCAAAUAUAUCACGACUAUCUCCCCAAAGCUCUGCCAUCACCCCCGAACACAGGAUCGUCGGAUCCAAAAAAAUCACCAUCAAAGUCCCCAAUUCCUGAAGAACAACUGCUCUUAUCUCGAGAAGCAAUUCCCAAAAUCAUAUCCUCAUUCAAUCUUAGAUCAAGCGCGGCUGCAGAUAUGUAUAGGGCUGUCGAACAAGCAAGAGUGCGGGUUAAAACAUAG